AUUGAUGGUAGAAUAGUAACGAGUCCAUUUCUAAGGUUUGUUAGGAGCUACUGGUUCUCUCAUAUCUACACUAGCAGUGUAACCAUUAGAGGUUAUUAAAAUGGUCAUGAUUGUUAAAUCUAAUGCCAGUAACUACAGAUUAACAAGUGCUUAUGGAUCAGUUGAAUACAUACUUAUCAAUGAAGGACUGAAUGGAUUUUAUCGUGGCUUGCGUAGAUUUUUCUACCAUUACAUAAGGCCCUGCAUUAGUUAGAAAUAUGAGCGCUGGCUUCCUAUAUUUUCAAAUGCUUUCCUAUGUUACUAGUGAAAAUCGAAAUGUUUCUUAAGACUUUCUUGCAUCAUUUUUUGCCAGAGGGUAUUACAUAUAUAUAAUAACGAAGGGUUUCUAAUUUUAUUACAAAUCCAAUACUAUUAAUAGAAACCCGUGCUGAAGUACCUGGGUAUUAAUACACUUCUUUAUGGAAGACUGCAAAUACUAUUGCUAAAUAAGAAGGGUUAAUGAGCUUUUUUAAAGGGGGUUUAACAUGUUCAAUUAAAGACAGUCUAUUUGCAGGAGUAUCAAUUAAACAUUAAUAUUUAGAUCUAUUAUGUUGUAUAUAGAAAAAUGCAUGAGAUAUUUUUACCUGCUGAGUCUGGUUUUUCACCUUCAAUUACUUUUCUAUCUGGUAUGGUUGCAGGCCUUGUUGGUACUUGUGCAAGUCAUCCAUUUGAAAUCUUAAGAGCCAGAUUAUAAACCAAUUAUUAUCAUGAUUAAAUGACGAUUAUGUAGAGAUUUAAAAGCACAUAUCAAAAUGAAGGAUUAUAUGGGUUUUUAUAUUAUUUCUAUUUUUAGAUUUACUAAGGGUCUUACUCCCAGAUUGAUUAGAAAACCUUUAGCUAAUUCAAUUUCAUUUCUUCUUGUAGAACAUUUAAAUCACAUUCUCUAUGGUACUUAAUUUCACUUUUGAUUGUUAAUUUUAAUGUAGUCAC